AUGAAUUACACCAACUCCUGGGCUUCGCCGCUACCUUCAGGGGACAUGACGACCCAGUUACUACCCUACGCCGUAGGCCUCCUCCUCGCCUGGCCGGUGGUAACAACAACCCUGCGGUUCCAGCGCCUGCGCAAGCUUCACAAGCAAUAUGCUUACACAACGCGGGAGUCAAUGUCCAAGAUGACCGACGAAGAAGCCUUCCAAAUUCAAAAACAAGUCGCGCAGCUCGAGUUCCCACUCAUGUUCAUCAAGAGCUUACAAUUCGCUUUAUUCCGGACCUACGGCAUCCCCUCAAUAUCCACACUCCUCGCAAAAACAAGCCAAUUCUCUAGCCCAGAAACUUCCUUCAAGCGGUACACAGAUACCAGCGUCCUCGUACAAGAAAUGGUUGGCAACAACCCAACUUCCGCACGCGCAUACCUCGGUCUUGCCCGGACGCGCUACCUGCACAGUGGAUACAGGGCCUCUGGUAAGAUCCUGGAUGACGAUAUGCUCUUCACGCUGGCGCUGUUCGCACUGCAGCCCAUUCGGUUCAUCAAUCGCUAUGAGUGGCGCCAGUUGAGUGACCUAGAGCGCUGUGCUAUAGGGACUUUCUGGAAGAGUGUAGGCGAUGGACUUGAAAUUAGCUAUGAGAAGCUGCCAUCUGGUAAGACCGGGUUCCGGGAUGGAAUUCAGUGGCUCGAGGAGAUCGAUGCUUGGAGCGAGGAGUAUGAGGCGAAGUUUAUGGUACCUGAUGCUAAGAAUCGUGAGACCGCGGAUCAGACCACUGCUGUGCUGGUUUAUAUGCUGCCUAAGAUGUUGCAUCCAGUUGGCUUGCAGUUCGUUUCGUUUAUGAUGGAUGACAGGCUUAGGAAGGCGAUGUACUACGACCCUCCUUCGGCAUUCUACUCAGCGCUCUUGUCAACCAUCCUCACAGCCCGCAAGCUAUUCCUCCGCUACCUAGCUCUACCACGACCGUACUUCCUGCGCUUCGCCUCGUUCACCGAGGAGCCGGAUCAAAACAACCGCUUCUUCCUCAUCCAGUGGGAGGCCGCGCCGUACUAUGUCAAGCCCACGUUCUGGAACCGCUGGGGCCCGAUGGCUUGGCUGACUUGGGCUCUAGGGCGGCCUGUGCCUGGUGAUGAGGGGGAUAAGUAUUAUCCCACUGGAUAUAGUGUCCCGGAUGUUGGACCGAAGUAUUUUGAGGGAAAGGGAAGGAAGCAGUUGGAUGAGACUCUGUUGGAGUUGAAGGAGUAUCGGACUGGGAAAUGCCCUUUUCAUUAA